AUGUGGAACAGCUUGUCCAACUUUGCCCAAAAGGCGCAGGUCUUUGUUGACCAGAACCUGCAGCCUGCACUAAACAACCUUGCGCCCUCGGACAACCGCUCGUCCAAGGCCGCCCUGUUCCGUCAGCAGUUCCGUCUGCCAGACUCGCAAAGCCCCCUGUACGAGAUCACGGCCGAGUUGACUCUCCCGCCCAAGACGACUUCCUCGGCCAAAUCGUCGUCCGACACACCACGCAAGAGCCACGAGCAGCGCAACAAUUGGGACCGUGAGCGUGGAAACCACUACGUCGGUCGCUUACACCUGUCCGAGAAGUUCCUGUGUUUUUCUACUCAGAACUCGAGCUUCUCUCCCACUGCGAGUACUUCGCUAUCGACUGCCUUUACAGGCCAGACCAACGGCGCCGGUCCCGCUGGCAAUGGCUUCACACUUCCGCUCUGUGCCGUGCGUCGUGUUGAGCGUCUGCACAGCCAGAGCUACAUGUUUGCUCUGUCUAUCACUACAUGGAAUGGCUAUCCUGCCCCCGACGAGAAAAACACAAAACACACUGGCAAGACGGCCCCGCCAGCACCCAAGCUCACUAUCCAGCUGGCUGGCAGUAGAGUACAGUGUGAGAAAUUCUGUGACAUGCUGAAGAAAGGUCUGCGUGAGGGUAUGCGCGAAGUUGAUGGCAUGCGCAAGGUAGUCGCCGAGUGCUACUCCGAGUACAUGCUGGCUGCCGAGGCCAAGCGACGCACUGAGAAAGACUCUCCUUCAGAAAAGCUGGUCGAUGAUCAGAGCCCGGAGGAACAGCUGAAGCCUCCAGAUGCUGGUCUGGGCAUGCAGUUCCGUUAUCCUGGCGACCCCAAGAAGCUCAGAGACAAGGGCAAGAUGAGAUUGUGGUACGAGUAUUUACGAGGUAUUUGUCAGCUGUACUGGACCAAGCAUAAACAUGUACUAACAGGACACNNAGAAAAUGGUCGCAACGCUACACUCGUCAGACAGCCAGAUUUGCCUCGACUGGUCAGAAUCGGUCUACCCAAUCGUCUACGUGGUGAAGUAUGGGAGCUCACAUCUGGAUCUUUCUAUCUACGAAUGCAGCAGCCAAAGCUCUACCAGGAUACACUGACAAAAUACGACGGUCAACAUUCGCUUGCUAUCGACGAGAUCGAGAAGGACCUAAAUCGCAGUUUGCCUGAGUAUCCCGGUUUCCAGAGUGAAGAGGGUAUUGGUCGUCUGCGCCGUGUUCUCACUGCUUACAGUUGGACCAAUCUGGAAGUUGGCUACUGUCAAGCUAUGAAUAUUGUCGUUGCCGCUCUCCUCAUCUACCUUUCUGAGACACAAGCUUUCUAUCUUCUGUCCAUUCUCUGCGAUCGACUCCUACCAGGAUACUAUUCACAAACCAUGUACGGCACUCUUUUGGAUCAACGGGUUUUUGAAUCGCUUGUUGAGAGGACACUGCCUAUUCUUUCCGAACAUCUUGCCAAGUCGGAUGUUCAGCUAUCAGUCGUUUCUUUACCCUGGUUCCUUUCGCUCUACAUCAACUCCAUGCCUCUGAUGUUCGCGUUCCGAGUCCUUGAUGUCUUCUUCCUCGAAGGUCCCAAGGUCUUGUUCCAGAUCGGUCUGGCUAUUCUCAGAGUCAAUGGCGAGGAGCUGUUAGAUGCCACAGAUGACGGUACCUUCAUCUCAGUUCUCAAGUCAUACUUUGCUCGUCUGGGCGAGUCAGCCCACCCGAAAUCCGAGAACCCCAAGUUGAGAGCCGUCACAAAUUUCCAAGCCUUGAUGGUCGUUGCUUUCAAGGAGUUCUCUGGCAUCACACAACAAAGCAUCUCUGAUUUGAGGGCCAAGCACAAAGAUGCUGUCCUUGACAACAUCGAAUCUUUCGCAAAACGAACCUCGAUCAGAAAUCUCGGCCCUGAAAGCAAGAAGCUGAGCACUAGUGACCUUGGCUUCCUGUACGACCGAUUCUACGGCGUGCUCUACGAGCGACAACAAAGAAUGGAGAUGAUUCAGCAAGAACAAGAGCGCAGAGCAAAGGCCGCCAAAACCAAGGCUGCUGAGAUUGUCAGCGGCAUUCCCAGCAAUGUUGAGAAGGGUAGAGUCGGCCUCGGCCCUAGUCCCACGGAAAUGGACUACGACAGCUUCAGAGAGUUCCUGGCUGGUCUUGCCAAAUGGGCCGUUACGGACUCCCCUAGCUCACCUGCCAAGCAAGACUCGGAGAAGAAUGGCGGUUACUUCGCAAACACUUUCCGCGCCCGCUCUGUUUCUCUAUCACCCUGGGGUUCUGGUCCAGAGCCCGCCGAGCACGAAUUUUUGCAGCGCCUUUUCAAGUCUUGGGAUACCGAUAACGCAGAAGCUCUCAGCUUGCAGAAGGUUGUAGCUGGUUUUGCACGCAUCAAGGGUCCUCGCGACAUUAUGUCCAACAUCAGCUAUUUCUUCGAUCUCUACGAUGACGACAAAGAUGGCAAGGUCGACAGAGAAGGCAUUCUGCGCAUCUCGGAAGCUUUGCUCUUCCUGUCGAGACGUGGUAUCACCGGAUCAGUCACGCCAUCUGUAUCCUCCACCAACCUUGCUGCUCAAGCUGAGAUUGGACCUGACGGCAUGCCAUUGAGAGGAGUGAACAAGGAUGAGCAGUUCUUGAGCAGCAUAUCAGCUUUCAUUCGAAGAUGCUUCGAGUAUGCCGACCCGGACCAAUCACCAGCAGCUACAGACACGCCAUCUGCUGAAGUAACCACAAAGAAUGAGAAGGAGUCAGAGGACUCGGCUUCGGCUGCAGCAGACAACCUCAACUCCUUCAGUAUCGGAGAUGAUGAAGAUGAUGAGGACGCCGAAGAGGAUUUGCUCCAAUUGAGCGAUGAGAAGCCGAAGGCCGAAGAGACAAAAGUAGAAGAAUCGACGCCUGUGCCGUCCAUCACGAAAACUCCCGUCACACCCAUCACCAAUUCGCCGUUCAAUUUUGGUCAAACAACACCGAACCGCAAUGCAGCCGCCAACAAAGCACUUGAUCCCAAUCACCCCCUCUUCAUCACGCUCCCGACCUUCCGCAUGCUCAUCCUCGCAGACGAAGCUCUCGAAACCUUUUUCGACUCCGGCUUCCCCAACUCCUUCAACCUCGCGGAUGCACCCUUACCCGCUGGCACUGUCUCCACAGCCAAUCUCACGACCUUCAGCAAUCUCCCCGCCAAAGUCAACCUGCCCAUCCUCAGUCCCGGCGGCCCUGGUGCUGGCGUAAUGGCACCAGGAAAGGGUCUUCGCGGUAUGCUGGACAACAUUGUCACCGACGGCAUGCGCGUAGCCGCCGAAGUACGCCGCAGAAUGGAUGAAGCACAAAAGGAGAUUGACCGUGGGGCCGUUACCCGUGGCACGGAGUCUGAUGACGAAGAGGAAGACGAAGGUGGCAGAGAUCUGCUUGAGGGAGCUGAAGUCGAUGCUGCGGCGCCACAAACACCUGCUAGGACGGGUAGUAUGGGUGAGACUGCUGAACAGAGUAUGGAAAAAGAGAUUGAGGCUGCAAAGGCAGAUAAGGGCAAGGGUAAGGAGACGGUUAUUGAUGAUGUUCAGAAGAGCACGGUGUUCGAACGGUAG